GUUCGGCGCUCUGUUUUGAGUUUCCACGCGAUACAUUGACCAAAAAUCUACCGUCAAAUUCCGAUUGUGUGUGGUGUGCACGAAUUUACCGAAAAUCACCCGUUUUCUGCCAAAUUUCCCGAAAAAACCUUACAUUUUCCCUGCAAAUUUGUCUAGCUCGUGUUCAAAAUGAGUACAAUUAUGGAGAAAAUUGCGGCGAUCGAGUCAGAGAUGGCUCGAACGCAAAAGAAUAAGGCGACUGCUGGCCAUUUGGGUAUGUUGAAGGCCAAAUUGGCAAAGUUGCGUCGUGAAUUGAUCACACCAAAGGGUGGUGGCGGUGCAUCUGAGCAAGGAUUCGAAGUGGCCAAAACGGGAGACGCUCGUGUGGGUUUUGUCGGGUUUCCGUCGGUUGGCAAGUCAACGUUACUAUCAACAUUAGCCGGUGUUUACUCCGAAGUGGCAGCAUACGAGUUCACAACGUUGACAACGGUGCCUGGCUGUAUCAAAUAUAAAGGUGCAAAGAUUCAAUUGCUUGAUUUGCCCGGUAUCAUCGAAGGUGCCAAGGAUGGUAAAGGUCGUGGUCGACAGGUUAUUGCUGUCGCCCGUACGUGCAAUCUUAUUUUCAUGGUUUUGGAUGUGCUGAAACCGUUGCACCAUAAAAAAUUGCUGGAACAUGAAUUGGAAGGGUUUGGCAUUCGAUUGAAUCAAACACCGCCAAACAUUUAUUACCGGAAAAAGGACAAAGGUGGUAUUAAUUUUAAUUCAAUGGUGGCACAAAGUGAACUCGAUUUAGAUACAGUUAAAACCAUUUUAUCGGAAUAUAAAAUCCAUAAUGCCGAUAUCACGCUUCGAUAUGAUGCCACUUCGGAUGAUUUAAUUGAUGUUAUUGAAGGCAACCGUAUCUAUAUCCCAUGCAUUUAUCUGCUCAAUAAAAUUGAUCAAAUUAGUAUCGAAGAAUUGGAUGUCAUUUACAAGAUUCCACAUUGUGUACCCAUUUCGGCUCAUCAUCGCUGGAACUUUGACGAUUUACUGGAACUCAUGUGGAGCUAUUUGAAAUUGGUGCGAAUCUAUACGAAACCGAAGGGACAACUGCCGGAUUACAACUCACCAGUUGUAUUGCAUUGUGAACGCACUUCGAUCGAGGACUUCUGUAACAAACUUCAUCGUACCAUUGCUAAAGAAUUUAAAUACGCUCUUUGCUGGGGAUCAUCAGUGAAGCAUCAACCGCAAAAAGUAGGAAUCGAGCAUAUUUUGAAUGAUGAAGAUGUCGUUCAAAUUGUCAAGAAGGUCUAAACUCAACACUGACUGCACCGAGACUAUCAAGAUUUUUGUCUGAAAAUUCGUUAAUUUGAAAUCACACGAAUCAAACCCUCAAACUUGUUAUUUUAACAAAAACAAUAUUUUUUUUUUUAAAUAUACAAUAUUACUUAUGAUAAA